AUGAAAUUCCCGGGCUCGGUGCUGGCGUCCGUGUUCCUGUUCGUGGCCGAGACGACGGCGGCGCUGUACCUGAGCAGUACCUACCGAUCGGGCGGGGACGGCAUGUGGCAGGCACUGACGCUGCUUUUCUCGCUGCUGCCCUGUACGCUGGUGCAGCUCACGCUCCUCUUCGUGCACCGCGACUUCAGCCGCGACCGGCCGCUCGUGCUGCUACUGCACCUGCUGCAGCUCGGGCCCCUCUUCAGGUGUUUUGAAGUCUUCUGCAUCUAUUGUCAGUCAGGCCACAUCGAAGAGCCUUAUGUCAGCAUCACCAAGAAGCGACAAAUGCCAAAAAAUGGCCACUCAGAGGAGAUUGAAAAGGAAGUAGGCCAGGCAGAGGGCAAGCUGUUCACCCACCGAUCUGCGUUCAGCCGGGCAUCCGUGAUCCAGGCUUUCCUGGGCUCAGCCCCCCAGCUGACCCUGCAGCUGUAUAUAAGCGCCUUGCAGCAAGACACCACAGUGGGAAGAAGUCUUUGCAUGUUCCUAUCCCUGUUGUCCAUUGUGUAUGGAGCCUUACGCUGCAACAUCCUAGCCAUCAAGAUCAAGUAUGAUGAAUAUGAUGUCAAGGUGAAACCUCUGGCCUAUGUCUGUAUCUUCCUCUGGAGGAGCUUUGAGAUUGCCACCCGUGUCAUUGUCUUGGUGCUCUUUACCUCCGUCCUGAAGGCCUGGGUGGUGCUGGUCAUACUCAUCAACUUCUUCAGUUUCUUCAUAUACCCCUGGAUCCUUUUCUGGUGCAGCGGCUCCCCAUUCCCUGAGAACAUCGAGAAGGCCCUCAGUCGAGUGGGCACCACCAUCGUACUAUGCUUUCUCACCUUACUCUAUGCCGGUAUCAACAUGUUCUGCUGGUCAGCAGUGCAGCUGAAAAUCAAUAACCCUGACCUCAUCAGCAAGUCCCAAAACUGGUACUGGCUACUGGUAUACUACAUGCUAAGAUUCAUUGAGAAUGCCUUCCUCCUCCUCAUGUGGUAUCUUUACAAGACCGAUAUCUAUAUGUAUGUGUGUGCACCUCUGUUGAUUCUGAAGUUGCUCAUUGGGUAUUGCACAGCCGUUCUGUUUAUGCUGGUGUUCUAUCAGUUCUUCCACCCUUGCAAAAAGCUCUUUUCCUCCAGUGUUUCUGACAGCUUUCAGCAGUGGCUAAAGUGUGUUUGCUGUCCCUGCAGGCGACAGAAAUCCUCCGAGUCUAUAGGAAAGACAGAUCUAAGGUCACCCGAAGACAGAGAUGAGACACCUUCUAGCAGUAAAAUAAGUUCUAUGCCGAGCCAGAUCUUGACGGCCGAUGAGUCAUGCUCUGCUUAAUGAGACUUGAGUCUCUUGUUUUCUGGGGUAAUCCCUGUUCUUCAUAUAAGUGAUGAUCCCUGCACAGUUAAUAAAGCAGGAAUUUAGCUCUCAACUUCUUGUGAGUUGCUCCCCUUUAGAGAGCUCUUGGGUAUGUGGGAACUAUUGAGAGAAGCCAGGGAAACCCCUGAGUGUUGGAGGGGUAGCCUAAGGCACCACCAUUUAUAGUUGACCGUGUUCUCCCAGGUGUUACUGGUCUUUUCACUGACAAAGUACCCAUAAUAUCUGUUGAGCUGGUUAGAUCCAUCAGGUAGAAUGAGGACAGGGGCUUUCUUGUUUUCUAGUUUUAUGGACUGCUGGUCUAGGUAGCCAAAUGUUUUAUUAUCCCUGAACAUACUUUUCAUCCAAGAGCUAUCCUAAUGACCAGAGAAGGUUACUGGGGUUUUGCAAUCAGCAACAUAAUUUCCGUCAGAGUUUUCAUAGAGGGCUGUUCAAGGUUGGUUUUUGAGUAGACAGAUGUUCCAUUUGUAUCUCAUUAAGGCUCUUUGUAUAUAACCAACUGUAGCCACCUUGAUCUGCUAUCUCUAAUUGAUUCAAAAGUCUAGAUUUGGAGACUUUAUUCCCAAAGAUCCAUGGAUGCAAAAUUGAAUUCUAAAUUUCGUUAUGGCAGCCCUAGAAUUUUAGGAAAGUGGUGUGUUCCUUCAAUAUAUUGAAUAAAUUCUCGAUCAAGAGAGUUGUUAAAACACCAAAAUGAUGGUGGCUUUUGUAAGCAGAAUUCCUACCUUCUCGGAAGGGUUGAAGAUAUGAAUUUGUUAGAAGGUAGGCUUAAACCUCUUCAAGGUUCAGUCCUGUCCUACAAUUUUGGAAAAUUUCUAACAGAACUUACUAUGAUUUACCUUCUUAAUAAAGAAGAAAAUAAAACUUACAGUCUUUACUUCCCCUCUUCCUUACCUGUCAGGAAAGUUUCAGACAAAAGUUACCUUGGUUAACUUAAGUUUUCUAGAAAACUCCACAGAAAUCUUUCACCUAACACAGGUAUAUAGGACAUUUUACUUUUUAUUAUUUGAAGGAAAAGGUUUUUCUUCUCCCUCCAAAUUAGAUACGACUUCAGAAACCUUAAAAUUAUAAAGUGAUAAAAUGACCAGAAGAUUUUUGUUUUUAACUGAAUGCAUUUUGAUUUGGCAUGAUUAUGAGUUAAUGUAAACAAGAUUCCCAAUUUUAUCCUUCUACAUUCUCCUAUCUUCGGUAUAAUUUCUGAACCCUAUUCAUUUCAUAAAAGGAUUGCUUAGCAUAUCCUCAGUCUCCCUGGAAAAAUUCCUGGAUUUAGUGCCAUUAUUUCUACUAUAAGAACCUUGAUGAUGAAAUAUCUAGAAGCAGGUAACCUGUCACUGACUAAGCUGGACAUUACAGGUCAAUCAGGGUUGACAGUCUAAGGACUUGGCUGAACUUUCUGACCCAUCUAGUUUCAGCCAGUCUAUGAAGGGACAGGUUAAAUAUGGUGAGCUUGAGCAGGAGUUGUGGUCAUAAUUAGACAGGGAUGAAGAGACUGGUACUUCCCAGUCUUGGUUUGGAAGCCUGUUUCAAGAACCAUUAUAAAAUCUGAGCCUUUAAAUACAUUUUAAGUCAUUUUGAUGUAGAAGAUAGGUAAGCAUUUUGAGUGACCUCAAACCACACUAACAGUGAUGGUCCAUCAGACUCCUAAAGCCCAAUUAUGAGCCACUUAUAUAAGGACAAAGAGGUUUGGUAACUAAAUUUUGUCAUUUUGUCAUUUUUAACCCUAGAUAUACAGAUACCCCUGCUUUUGGGCCAUGUAUGUUCAUUUACUUGUGGGGAAAGAAACCACCCCUUUCAUUUGUACAUGACGAAAAUUUAAGUCAUGGAGAACUGAGAAUUUUUGUUUUAAAAUUAUUUAUAUUAUACCUCUGAGAUGGUAAAAUUAUAGGUCAGACUGCAGAGCUAGGCUGCCCUAAAGACAAACCAGCAAAUUCUCUCAAGUGUUGAGAUUUAAAAUGUGGUUUUCAGUUAUAAUUCCAAUUUCCAAAAUUCUCAGUGCUUUGUCUAAUUAAUUAUAUACCAUAACUUGUCAUGACAGCUGCUCCAACUGAAUUACUAUCAUUUCGCUGGAUGGAAGUAAAGUAUUUCUUCAAAAUAUAUUGAAAUAAGAUCAUCAAACAUGUUUAGACUUUCUCUCUUCAUUAGUGGAGACAGCAUAGUGUAGAGAUUGGCAUCUCCCUGUCAAGCCCAAGUUACCUAACUGCUCUUUGCCUCAGUUUCCUCGCCCACCAAAUUUGGAUGAUAUACUUGCCUAGCCUACCUCACAAGGUUGUUGGAAAGAUCAAAUUAAAUUAUAGGUGUGAAAAUGCUUUGAAAAUAUUUUUAAAGUGCCAUAAAUAUUGAAGGAGUUGUUAUUAUAGUUAUUCAAAUCUAUAAACAGGUUAUUAUUAUUUUUUUUUACUGUUAGAAAAGUAACAGCAGCAUCAUCCACAUGAGUGUCUUGAGUGAAUAUGCUGGCCUUUGGCCUUAAAGAAGGGCAAGUGUAAGUGGUCUUUACUCUUAGAGAAAAUUCAGCCCUUGCCCUUCCUCUUACCAUUAGUUACUUACAAAAAUUAGUACCCAAACACUUGAUACUUGAAGAAAAAACACCCACUGCAAUCUGAGAAAUUGCUUUUGAUGGCAGAUGAGUUUAUCAUUUUUGUAUCUAUCAUCUUUCAUAAAGAACAUAGCAGCAUCUUUUGAUAAUUUACAACUUGAAUGCCUGAUCUUGCUAGACUUUAAUCGAAUGUGGGUUUAAUCUUUUCAGCCUUGUAGAUGGGAAAAUAAACAUUAAAAUUGAUUGUCAAAUACAGCAUUUCCUUGGAACCACCUUAGAAUAUUAGUGCUAUGGUUAUGAGUGUAUGUGUCAGUAUUUCUCAGCCAGUAAAUUGUGGA